AUGACGACGAGCUGCAGUAAUGGAGAGAUUCUAAUUGAAGCUGCACCACAACGGCUGGAAGGUGUUUAUAAGGAAAUAUUUACCGAUGGAGCAUUGCAGUUUUUGACUAGUCUGGUGACGGAAUUUGAUGCUGAAGUUGAGCAGCUCUUACAAAACCGUGUCAAGCGUAGACUGCUGAUUGAAGAAGGCAAAUGGACACCAGAGUUCUACAACAGGAGCGAAUCGAUUGCAUGGAAAAUUACGGCCUUGCCUGAACGGUUGCAUAAUCGAAAGCUCGAUCUUGGUGAUGUGAGUCCUGCCAAUACGGUUCACUUUACCGAUUGUUUGUACGCUAAUGUGCAGGGAAUUCAGGUCGACUUUGACGAUGGACACUGUCCUACCUGGCGUAAUACGAUACAGGGCAUAUCGAAUGUAACGCGUGCGGUACAUGGCAAACUACAAGGUGCUCCAGCAGAUGUACAAGCGUACCCUUUGCUAAUGCUGCGUCCAAGGGCGUUCAACAUGAUCGAACAUCAUUGCAUCGUGAAUGGGAAGGAGGUGCUAGGUCCGCUGUUUGAUUUUGCGAUCGUAAUGUACCACAAUGCAUGCACGAUGGCAAACCUUGGUAUAGGGCCCUUCUUUUACCUGUCGAAGAUAGAAGAUCCGAGUGAAACGACGCUCUGGAACAAAAUCUUCACCUGGACCGAGGAUCAACUAAGCUUGCCCCAUGGGACAAUCAAAGCGUGCGUCUUGAUAGAAAAUAUUCUCGCUGCCUUUCGUAUGGAGGAUAUUCUCUACUCGAUCCGAGAUCAUGCGAUCGGAUUAAACUGCGGUAUAUGGGAUUACUGCGCAAGCAUAAUUGGCAAGUUUGGAUGGAAAAAGGAAUUUCUUCUGCCCGAUCGCAAUAAGUACGUUAACAUGGGACAACCGUUCUUGAGGAACUAUAUGCGGUUAUUGAUAAACGUGUGCCAUAAGAGGGGAGCAUUGGCGACUGGUGGUAUGGCUGCAAAAAUUUUGCCCCGAGGAAAGGAAAAAUCUACUUUGAGCGAUGAUGAAAUCAUCGAAAGCGUUAAAAUGGCCAAAUCAGUCGAAAUUGAUGCCGGCGUUGAUGGGUUCAUGAUUUACGAUCUACGGAUGGUUGAUGCCAUCAAUGAUCUUUGGGAAAGUAAAACUCACAGCACCAAUCAGCUCACCAUUUUGCCCAACAUUAACCACAUUACAGCCGGCAGUUUGCUACAGAUUCCGUUGGGAGGCGUAACGAUCGAUGGUUUGAAUAAUAAUAUUACGGUAGCGCUUCUGUUCAUUUACCAUUGGCUUACGGGAAGUGGUGUGUUCUUCUUGAACGGAUCCGUCGAAGAUUCGGCAACGGCGGAAAUUUCACGAUCCCAGCUGUGGCAGUGGAUCCGCAUGGGAGCCGUCCUGGAGGAUAGGGAAAAUGCCAUCGUCACGCGCAAGCUCGUUUAUCAGAUGAUGGAUAAAAUUAUCUCUGCCGCUUACCGGGCAUGGUGCAUUACGCCGGCCGACCGGAAACGCUUGCUGUCCGCCAAGUAUAUGCUGCUGGAUGUUAUUUCUGCGCGGCACUAUAUCGAAUACAUCACCACGCAUCUGAACGAUAGUCACAAAUUUCGAACACUGCACAAUAAAAACGAUGGUUUGAUGGCUAAACUAUAAAAAAA